CGCUUUGGCUCGCGGCCACAGUGGAUGGAUUCCAGUGGAUUCCUCGCACCUCUCCGUCUCGGGGCGAAUAGACGUCGCUCUGGCGUAAGCAUGAUUAGUAGUCGCAGCGCGCACUGGUCUGUGCCGCGGACUCGGAGUCACGCUGGGUUGCCAGGUCUGAGAAGGAGCCUGGUGUCCGUGCGUCGAUGGCCUACAGUACUAGUAAGUACUCGGAAAAUACGGCGGGGUCCAGGCUGCGCCUGCAAUGCUUGCAUCCGGUCCAGGAAACCCCGGAUUGCAAGUGCGGACGCCGGAGGAGUUUGCAACAUAUGCAACACACAGCGGCAGCGAGCGCGGAACGUGAGGCCUUGGGUGAAGGACCCCUGACUUGUUUGACAUCAGAAUCAACCCAGACGCCACAGGCUAGCAGCACCGGCAGGCCAGCUUACUUCGUCGCACAAACGCGGCGGCCAGGAGGAUCCUGAGAACGCCGGGCAUCGCAGGCACACUCGACGGGGCUCCCGCGAGCCAGCGUAAGUCGAAGAUACAGCCUGAGUACGAGAAGACCUCUGCGCAGCGGUUCCUCUCGGUCUCUGAACAUUGAUAUUGAAUGGCGAGAAUCCCGAGCGUAUUCCGCGUCGGGAAACUCGCCGUUCGAUCCAAGUCCGAAGGUUCUCAGAUAGCGGCGGGGUUCUCCGGGGCAGGCCAUGCGCCAGUGUGCGUGCCGGCGGGCUAGUAGCAAGCUCAGGAGCGUGUGCUCGAGAACGCGGGUUUGCCUCCCGGGUAAGUCCCUUUGGAAGAGAUGCUGCAGGAGAUCUGGAGAAGG